AUGGCCGCCCACCCCAACACCGACUUCACCGGAAACGCCCCCGACAGCUACAACAAGGAAACCAACGGCAGCGGCGCUAUCAAUCGCGAGAUGACCCACGAGGAACAUCAAACCGCCAAAGCUGCCGCUCGCUUCGGCUACGGUCCUCUCGCUCAUGUCAACACUGCCAGUGGCGAACAGCGCCUGCCCGCCUUCGGAGGAGAGUUCCAACCGGGUCUCUACAGGCAGGUCAAGGACCGCGGUAUCGCCAAUCCCGCGCCCCUGGGCCUGUGCGCCUUCGCCUUGACCACCUUCGUCUUGGGCUUGAUCAACAUGGGGACAAGGGGCUUGAGUGCUCCCAAUCUGGUCGUCGGUCUUGCCUUUGGAUACGGAGGCUUGGUGCAAUUGCUGGCCGGCAUGUGGGAAAUGGCCGUUGGGAACACCUUUGGUGCCACUGCGCUCUCGUCGUACGGCGGUUUCUGGCUCUCAUUCGCCGUCAUCCUCACCCCCGGCGGCUUUGACAUCCAAGCUCAACUCAUGGCUGCCAGUCCCAACGCUUUCGCCGACGAAUUCGGUCUUUACCUGAUGGGCUGGUUCAUCUUCACGACCCUGCUACUGUUCUGCACCUUGCGCUCGACAGUCGCCUUCUUCUCGCUCUUCUUCUCUCUGGACAUGGCAUUCAUGCUCCUCGGUAUCGGCUACCUCCAUCGUGACGCCAUGGGUGCGCCAAACCCACCUAUCCUCAAGGCCGGCGGCUUUUUCGCGCUGCUCGCGGCAUUCUUGGCUUGGUAUAACGCUCUGGCUGGGAUUGCAGACGACUCGAACAGCUUCUUCAUCGUCCCCGUAGCACAUUUCCCCUGGUCCGUCAAGGCGAUGCAAGAGAAGGGCAAAUUAGACGCAGAAGGCAACAAGAUGGCCUAG